AAAAAAAAAUUACCCUUAAGGGACGCAGUGUGAAAAAUUAGUUUUAAGUUCCCAAAAAAAAUGAAUACUUCUAAAACAAAUAAUGAUGAGUCUUUGAAAACAACGAAGGAAAAUGAACCUAUUACUAAAAAAUUAGCCGAUACCCCAUAUCCAGCUUGGACAAUGGCGACGUUAUGUUUAGGGUCCUCAGGAAUGGCAGUAAGACAAUAUCCUGGAAUGUCUUCGAUAUGGACUGUCGUAGGUUUUGGUUUAAUAUUUUCUUUUUCAGGAUAUAUGACUUAUACAGGCGAUUUAAGCAAUGGAGGAGGAACUACAGCAUCUUGGUCAUUAAUAUACAGUAUAUUUAAUGCUGAAAAAUCAAUUAAAUCAAGAAAACCUUUACCUAUUUUAAUGACAUCACUUGCUUUGUCCAACGCCUAUAUUUAUGGGAAAUAUUAUUUCUUUUUAAAAUAAAUCGAUGUACAUAACCUGGGAAUCAAGAGUCGGAACAAUUUAUAAUUUAUUCUUCAAAUACUCAUAUACGUAAAAGGUUCACAGGUUUAACCAUUCAAAUACAAUCCAUACAAUCACACAAUAAAAUAUUAUGAGCACACUCUUAGAUAUAAUAUAGUUAAGUAAAAAUUAGAUUUUUUCAUUAAUUCAUUUCGAAAGAAAAAGUCGAUAGUAUAAAAAAUAUUACAAAAUAA